UUGAUCGUUAUUUUACGCGCGCCGAUGUCUCCGGACGGAACGUUUAUUUUUAUCUCCACCAUUUUUAUCCCCAUUGGCGCGAUUUUAGCACGCUGGAAUUUAAGAUAGCCCGUGAAUAUGUCUGAACUACUCGGGAGGAUCAUAGUGAUCAAAAGAAACGGCGCAGACGGGGCCCACUUCCCCUUGUGUACGAGAGAAUGCCUGUUCGGAAGGAAUAACGAGUGUGAUAUACGAAUACAGUUGCCCAACGUUUCGAAGGAACACGCAAGGAUAACGGUGGAUUCAGAGAAACAAGUUUGGCUGACCAAUCUAAGCACUUGCUCAAAGACUCUGUUGAAUGGUACAUCCCUGGCAGUGGAGCCCCUUCAAGUCAACCAUUUGGAUGUUUUUACAAUCUCUGACAGAUCCUUUAGAUUUGAGUUCCCUGCACCCCCCAAGAAGUCUCCCAAGAAAUCCCCCAAGAGUCCCAAAAGACGGUCAAGCGACAGUGGCCCUCUGAAGGCUAAACAGGAAGGCCAGUCUCCUAAGGACCCUAUCCCUAAAGGCAGUCCACGUACCCCUCCCGUCACCAGUAAAAGGCGAAGCUUGAAGGAGAACAUACAAUUUCUGCAGACAAUGGCUGCACCUCUUGAGGAAGUUGAUGAGAGCAUUCUUUCCCCCUUUGUUAAUAAUACACAAAGUCAAGGGAAGACCACCACUCCUAAGAGUUCCAAAAAGCGUAGGGAGUCUAAAAGUAAGCGGGUAUCAUUUGGCCCAAUGCUUAGUCCUGAGCAGUUUGACAAAGAACUUCCUCCGGCCACUCCUGUUAGACGAGGUGCUACCCCAAGAAGGGUGUCUUCAGAUAGAAAGAGUCUCCUUAUGGAUCAGAAGAAAAAGCACAUAGUUAAUGAAAACAGGAUUGAGGAACUUCCUGAAGAGGAAGCAACACCCAAGACCCCUGAGGAGGUUAGAGAAAACAAGAUUGAAGAACCUGAAGAGGAAGCAAUAUCCAAGACCCCUGAGGAGGUUACAGAGAACAAGAUUAAAGAACUUCCUGAAGAGAAAGCAACACCCAAGGAGGUAAAGGAGACUCCAAGGAGAUCAAGCCGACGCUUGAGUGCACCACAGAAUACUGAAGAAAAAGUUGAAACACCAAAAAGCAGCAAAAAGGAGAAGCUUAGUGAGCUCAAGAGGAGGCUAGCUACACCCAUGCGGGAGGCUAUUGAGGCUGGCAUUGCUUUGAAGCAGACAAAGAAAAAGCUGGCGACCCCACUCAGGGAGGUGAUCAAGUCCAAACCCAAGCUCAAGGAGACCAAGAAGAAGCUUGCUACUCCAUUAAGAAAGGAGAUUCAGAGCAAACCUGCCUUAAAGGAGACAAAGAAGAGGUUAGCCACACCAAUCAGAGCAGAAAUCGAGAGCAAGCCAAAACUGAGGGAAACGAAGAAAAAGCUAGCUACUCCUGUCAGAGCAGAGAUUGAGAACAAGCCAAAGCUUCGACACACUAAAAAGGUAAUGGAAACAGCCCUACAAGACGAGAUCAAGAUGGGCAAGAAACUGAAUCCAACCAAGAAAGUGAUGGCUUAUGAUAUGCAGAUUGAGAUCAUCCGAGGAAAGAAGCUGAGAGCCACCAAGAAGAAAAUGCCAGAAGAACUACAAAAAGAAAUUGUACAAGGGACAGAUCUUAAAAAGACAAAGAAAAAAAUAGCAACACCCUUGAGGAAAGCCAUUCAGGAAGGUGUGCAGCUGAAGAAAACUAUGAGGAAAAUGGACUCUCCAAUGAUAAAGGAGAUUGAAGGUAAGGCAGAACUAAAGUCUGUGAAACGACGCAAGUCUAGUUCAGGCUCAGUGGAUGAACAGCCCCUGAAGAAACUUAAGACAAGAAAGUCUACAAGUGAGAAAGAAUCUGCUGAUGUAAAGAAGGCAUUGAAGACACCAUUAAAGAAGGACAUUGAGAAAGGAUUCAAGCUUCGUCAGACCAAGAGGAGCAUUCGUACUCCUCUGAAACGCCAGAUACACCAGCGACCAUCACUCCGUGCAGUGAGAAGGAAGUCUACCAGUGCGGCAAAGCCCAAGACUCCCAGGAAGCCAACAUAUGCUGAGAUCCUGAAGCGGCCAAAGAAAACUCCAGUAAGACGACUCCCCAAGAAGAUAGUUCCUGACAUCAACUUUAUCAAGAAAACAGCAGAGGAAAAGAAAACUGCAGCUACUAAAGCAUCUGCUCCAUUUGUAUUUACUGCAGUUCAGCCAAAACCCGAAGCUGUUGUGCAGACCAAGAACUGCAGAAGCUCUGUGCGAAAAUCUGGAAACUGGUUAGAUACUAUUUCCAAGUCACUUCAAGCGAGGAAAGAGGCAGAGUGCACGGAAGAGAACUUUGAAGGUUUGCGAGAAAUGUUCGCAACCCCAGAUGCACCCCAGCGACAAAAGAAAUCAACCAAGAAAUCUGGAAACUGGCUGGAUACUAUCUCCAAAUCGCUUCAGGCCAGAAAGGGAGCAGAGAUCCAGGAGGACUUUGAGGGCUUAGAGCAACUGUUUGCUACUCCUGUGUCAACCCAACAGAUACGAAAGUCAACCAGGAAAUCUGGAAACUGGCUGGACACAAUCUCUAAGUCACUUCAAGUCAGGAAAGAAGCAGCUGAAGAUCAGGAGGCCUUUGAGGGCUUGCAAGAAAUGUUUGCUACACCAGACCAAGUCCAGCAGAGGCGAAAAUCAAGCAGGUCAGCCAAUAAGGCAAAGGCAGCAACCCCAAAAGCCACCCUACAGGUUAUUGAGGCUAAAGUGCCUUCUACUACACCGUCUCUGAGGUCUGCCACCAAAGUUUCAACUCCUGCUUACCAAGUUGUGGAGGCGAUAGAACCAGCUAAGACGCCAUCUCUUCGCACAAAAAAUGAAGUCUCUGCUGUUGUCGCUACUCCUGAAUUCAUCAUAGUCGAAGCAGUUGAACCUGGUAAAACUCCAUCAUUGCGAUCUGCAAACAAGCGAAGAGACGCCAAGGCACUAGAGGUUGUAACAGCCGUACAGCCUGUAAAUACACCAUCUCUACGAUCAGCACAAAAGCAAAUCACUGUUGCAAACACUAGCUUGAACGAGCACGAGGUAAACGAAUUCCAGCUGGAAUUGCCAGAAACCCCUCCCGUAGAAGCAUUACCAUCGCCAAAGGCAAGCGAGAAGGCAUCCACCCGCAGGAGUGAAGGACUCACUGGAGUCAAGAGGCUAUUGAAGACUCCAAAAGUUAACAAUAGCACUACCUCGCCUGAGAACAACUUCCAGACCAGCCUCUUCACCAGUCCAAUGCAGUCAUCUCCUCAAAGCCCCAAGGCUAAGAAAACCAGAAAUGCUGUUGCUGAUGUUAACGAAAAUUUUGCUGUUGGAGCCCAACUCUGUCGCAAGAGCAUGGGAUUGACUGGUGUUUCUCGUCUCUUCAAGUCCCCCAAGAUCAGGAAUGCAAUUGCUGACGUUGAAGAUAAUUUCGAGGCCUCCCUUUUCGCCUCACCUGUACCCCAAUUCACGAAGAAGACGCCCAAAGCCAAGAACACAGCUGAUCCAGCUAAUAGCUUUGUCCCUGAGCUAUUCAACACUCCCGAGGGCUUCACUGUAAAACCUAAAUCCGCGGCUAAGAGGAAACUGGCUGCAGACACUCCUACAGCUGCUAUAGUGGAGUCUGAAGAUUCUGGAUUCUCUGAAAGUGAGGCUGUCCCACGCCCCAGAUCCAUUCGAGGGAAGAAACCUGCCUUGGAAAAAACACCGAGUGAACCAAAACCGAAGAAGGCUCGUGUAACAAGAGAAACUCAAGUAAAAACCACACGGUCUACCAGAAGCAAAGCAGCAGCACCAAAAUCCAAGAAAAAACCCUCUGCAAAGAGUGGGUCUGCAGCUGUAUUCGAGACCCCCAAGCCUACUAAAUACCAGCGCACUGCCUUGGAACCAAUCCAGGAGGUACCAACACCUAUGACCACUCCCCGAAACACCAGACUUCGCAAGGAUUCCGUAAUGUCCCCUACCCUGGAGGCAAUCCAAGAGCAGGCUCCUGCCAUGGAGAAUGUCGUCGAGGAAGUAGAGAAGCUGCCCGCCAAGAAGACGCGAGGAGCGAAGAGAAAGGCACCAGCAUCUGGAAACGCAGAAAAGAAAGCAAAGGCUGAGCCUGUUGUGGUCGAAGAAGAAGUGAUUGAGGUCCCCGCUCCCCUACCUUCAAAGCGGGCAGCACGCGGAAAGAGAACAACUGACAAAGUCCAAGAAGUGAAGUCUACUCGUGGUUCAAGAGCCACACGAAGCAGAAAAGCCGCUGAGGCUGAGAAGGCCGAGGUUGUAGAGGUAACACCCGUCAGUGAGCCUAAGCCCAAGCGCGCUACUCGAGGUCAAAAGGCAAGUGAAACAUCGAAAAAAGAUGAGACGGCUGUGGAAGAGUCUAAGCCCGUCCGCGCUAGCCUGGGACGCAAAGGUAAAGUGGCAGUUGCUGUGACGGAGACAAUGGAGAACAAAGACGAAGAGGUUGUCGAGAAGGAACCUGUCAAGGAGACCAAGCGCGCUACGCGGGGGCGCAAAGCUGUAACCGCGGAUAAAACCAAGACAAAUGACGAGGAUCAAAGAGCGCCUACCAAGCAGACCAAGCGGGCUACGAGAGGGCAAAAUGCUGCAAAUAAAAAACCGAUCGCAGCCGCUGAGGUUGAGGAUGCUCGAACAGCUAUCGAAGAAGAAGCGCCUGUCGAAGAGGUCCAGCCAAAGCGUGCAACCGGCAAGGCAUCAGCCAAGCCAACUCGCUCCACACGCGGCAAGAGAUCGCAGACCGAUGAAGCAUCUGCUGAGGGAGAAAAGCCGACAUCGACUCGUCGGGGUCGGAAAGCAGCAAAGAAGGACGUCUCCAUUGAAGUGAUCGAGGAAGCUGUGACUGCUGAAGAACCUAAAGCAACCCGUUCGACACGAGGCAAAAAGAGGAAGGCUGAGGAGGAACCGAUCGUGGUGGAAGCGGAAGCUAUUGAAGAGCCCAAGGCAGCACGAUCAUCCCGAAAAUCUACCAAGGCACAGGAGCCUUUAACUGAACCAAAGGCGAAAGUCACGAAGACUAGGUCCGCCCGUGGAAAGAAACGAUUAGCAGAGCCCAUUUCUGAUGAUAUCCAAGUUGUCGAAGAUGCCCCAAAGACACGUUCUACCCGGGGAAUGAAAAAGGCGAAAGUUGAACCAAGCUCAGCCGAGGAAGUUCCGAAGUCUACCCGAAAGACUCGCGGAAAAAAGAAAGCAGUCGCCGUAGAAAAGCCUGUCACCACCAGAGUAACGAGGAACAGAACGUCUAGAAGGAAGUGAACAUAAAAGGAACUGUCUCUCACGCCUGUACAUAACAUUCAUAGUUUUUAUUCAUCGCAGACCGUUUGCGCCGACUUUUUGUCAAUGAAAUGCGUGUUUUUUAUAUUUUUUUGAAAUUGUUUUUAAAAAUCAACCAUAUAAUCUUCAUCGUUGUAGCAUAGUCUUAAAUAGUUUCAGAUUUAAAGUAAGUUUGCAGUCUGUGAAAAUCAAACUGCGCUAAAUAGUUGAGGAACAUGUAUACCCUGUAUAUAGCGCGCCUCGCGUGCUAGGGAUAUCGCCUGUAUUGUUGCAGUUUACAAUGCAUCCAUGCACAGCGGAUAGUAGCUAGCAUGAAUGCACCGAACACGCCCACUGUACAUAGUCAUCUAUCGGGCCCAAAUAAAUUAUAAUCUAUA